CAACACAAAGUUGCUUUCCCAAAACCCUCCAAAAACGACGUCGGUUCAUCGCAAACUCGCCCAAAGUUUGUGUUCCCCUACAAGAACACUCCAAAUCACGAAGCCCGCACAGCGCUGUUUAGGGUUUUAACCUUCCCCACUCCUCCGCUCCGAUGGCGUCUUCUUCGGGCUACAACGCCCUCCCUCCGACCUCAACCUCAGCCCCUGAGUUUGUCUCCGGCUUCCGAACCAGAGGCCGUUCCCUCUACGCUGCCCGCCGGCCAUGGCGCGAGCUCCUCUCUCCCUCCUCCUUCACCCGCCCUUACUCCUUUGGCGAAGCCACCGCCCGCAUGAAGCGCAACCUCUACUAUUUCCGCGUCAACUACGCCAUGGUUGUUCUCCUCGCCCUCUUCCUCAGCCUCCUCUGGCACCCCGUCUCCAUGAUCGUCUUCCUUGUCGUGUUCGUUGCCUGGUUCUUCCUCUACUUCUUUAGAGACGAGCCUCUGUUGAUUUUUGGCCGCACGGUGGACGAUUGCGUUGUGUUGACUGUGCUCGGAGUGAUUACGGUCGUGGCGUUGAUUUUCACCCACGUGUGGCUGAACGUUCUUGUUUCUAUUCUAAUUGGGGCCGCGGUGGUUAUUUUGCAUGCUACUUUUAGGGGUACGGAUGAUAUGUUCCUUGAUGAGAACGAAGCUGCCGAUGGAGGAUUGCUUCCGGUUGUAGGCAGUCCCAUGCGAACUACGUAUACUCGUAUUUGAUAGUCUUGCGAGAAUUCUAUCUGGUUUUUGUGGUCCUGAUUCAUUUUUCUUGAAUCAAUUCCAAUGAUUUUCGUUCGGCAAGCAGUUCAUAUUUCAGCAUAUAGAUGAGAUAUUCAAAGGCUAUCGGAGAAGACGAUCGCUACUUUUCAGCGAGCUGGUUUAGGUCACAUUCAUUCAACACGUAUCCCUUAUUGGUGAUUACCCUUUUCCGAUUUUAUGUGUGUCUUUUUUAUACAUUUCUUUGUAAAUAUUGUCCUGCAAAAUAAUAUUAUAUCAAGUGUUUUUGUUGUAGGUAGAAUAUUACAAGAAUUUUGGUGCAAUUUUUAGUGACUGGUUUAUCUUUGUAUUUGAUGGGUGUCUCCAUCUUAUGUAUUGUGGUUUGUAAAGUUAAGGUAUUCAAUUAAUUGGAAUUUUAUCAAA